UACCUAUAUAUGCGCGCCACACAUCGUUACUUGCAGCCCCGCGAUUUCUGGAACUACAUUUCUUGGAAUUCGACAAACUCACGGCUCGCCCCUGCAGCUCUAUAUUUCAUACGACGAUAUCAUCGCAGAAAAACAUAUUCGUCAAAGUUCGAACUAAAGUCAUCAAGGCUAUAUAGAAAAUCCCGGUUUUCAACAUGGCGUCAUUGUUUAUGGCUUCCAAUAGCUAAACAAAACAAGUCUGGACCGCGACUAGUAGUGGCUCUUUGUCUAGACUCUCGUGUUCAUUUAGUCGCACGACGAUCGUCAGACGGAAAGAAGUAAGUAGGUGUAUGUACUUACGCGACUGAGGAAGAAAGAAGUAAGUAGUUGGUGCAUACGCAUUUGAAGCUUUGUUUUGCGUAAAAUAGUGUCAGUGCGUGCGGAGACGAUGUCUUCGAGUUCUGGUUCCGACAGAAACGACGAGGCAUCAGAGUCUAGUCAAUCUGAUGAAGACGAUGUCGGGAGAGAAUCGGAUGAUGGAAUCAAGAAGGAAUACGUUGGCGAGACAGAGGUUGGUCCCUCUGAAGAUGACGUCGCGAGAGAAUCGGACGAUGAGGGAAUCAAGAAGGAAUACGUUGGCAAAACAGAGACUGGUCAGCUCUCUGAAGACGACGUCGCGAGAGGAUCGGAUGAUGAGGAAAUCAACAAGGAGUCAGAAGACGAGACUAUGGAGAAGGCGUCCAAUGUCGGUAGUACUCGGCGCAAAAGACAGAGCGAAUCCAGUCAAGGCUCAGAUGACAGUUAUUCCGAUGAUGAGGAAGAAAAAACUCGCAAAAAGCCUAAAAAGAAGGCCAAGACAGGUGUCAGCGAUUUCAUUCUGCAAGAGGCAGAAGUGGAUGAUGAUCUCGAGGAUGACGAAGAAUGGGAAGAUGGUGCCCACGAGCUUGGCAUUGUCGAAAAUGAAAUUGACGAAGUUGGUCCAACAGCUAGAGAAAUCGAGGGUCGAAGAAGGAUCUCCGACAUAUUCGACUCACAUAAAGAAGAAGAGAUCGAAGAGUAUCUUAGGAACAAGUAUGCAAAUGAAGCAAGAGUAGCUCAUCAUUUUGGAAAUGGAGAACAUAUGAAUGAUGAGAUUACUCAGCAAACACUGCUACCUAAUAUAAAGGAUCCAAAUCUUUGGCUAGUAAAAUGUCGUAUUGGUGAAGAAAUGAAUACUGUACUCUUGCUCAUGCGCAAAUUUCUCACUUAUCAAUACACAAAUAGUCCAUUAGUAAUAAAAUCAGCUGUUGCACCGAAAGGAAUAAAAGGUUUCAUUUACAUUGAAGCUUACAAACAAGUUCAUGUGAAAGCUGCCAUUGAGAAUGUUAACAAUCUCAAAUUGGGAUUUUGGAAACAACAAAUGGUACCCUUAAAUGAAAUGGUAGAUGUCCUCAGGGUAACUUCAAGUAUAAAUAUAAAGCCAAAUCAAUGGGUUCGAAUAAAAAGAGGAAUAUACAAGGAUGACUUAGCUCAAGUGGAUUACAUCGAGCUGGCACAAAAUAAAGUGCAUUUAAGACUGUUACCAAGGAUUGACUAUCAAAAAUUACGUGGGGCAUUGAGAUUAAUGUCAGAGGAAGCUGAGUCUACUAAACGCAAAAAAACCAGGCCACCAGCCAAACCUUUUGAUCCUGAAGCAAUAAGGUCAAUAGGAGGUGAAGUAACAAGCAAUGGAGAUUAUCUUGUUUUUGAAGGAAAUCAUUAUUCUCGUAAGGGUUUUCUUUUCAAACACUUCAACAUCAAUGCUAUCAGAAGUGAAGGAAUAAAACCAACACUAGAAGAAAUAGAGCACUUUGAAGAUUCUCCUGAAAACAUUGAUAUUGAACUUAGUGAUGCACCUGCUACUGGACCUGGUGCAAAAUUUGAUCAAAUGUGUAAUUUCAGUACUGGAGACAAAGUGAAAGUUAAUGAAGGUGAACUGAUCCACUUGCAGGGAAAAAUAGUUUCUAUCGAUGGUAAUAAAAUAAUGGUUAUGCCAAGCCAUGAGGAGUUAAAUGAACCCAUAGAGUUUAUGGCCCGUGAAUUAAGGAAGUAUUUUAACAUUGGAGAUCAUGUUAAAGUCCUUGCGGGUAAAUAUGAAGGAGACACCGGUCUAAUUGUGCGAAUUGAAGAAAAUCGUAUCGUUUUGUUUUCUGACGUGUCAAUGCACGAACUUGAAGUGCUACCAAUCAACCUUCAACUUUGUCCAGACAUGGCAAGUGGUGUCGAUCGCCUAGGCAAAUUUCAAUGGGGUGAUCUCGUGCAACUAGAACCACAAACUGUGGGCGUGAUCGUGCGACUUGAACGCGAUAACUUUCAAGUUCUGUCAAUGCAUGGUAACGUUGUUCAGGCCUCACCCGUAUCUUUGACCAAGUAUAACGAAAACAGGAAUACUACUGCUUUGGAUAUGUACCAAGAUUCCAUUAGGAGAAAAGAUAUCGUAAAAGUAUUAGAUGGACCACACUCCGGCAGAGAAGGAGAGAUAAAGCACCUCUAUAGAAAUUUCGCUUUCCUGUAUUCUAAAGUCUACAUCCAUUCUGGUGGUAUAUUUGUUUGUAAAACGAGACAUCUGCAGCUAGUUGGAGGACUCAAGAGUAAAAAAGAAUUAAUUGCUGAGCUGACAAACUAUCCUUUUGCAUCACCUACGCGCUCUGACGUAAGUCCGCAACAAGAAAAAGGAAAGGCUCGUGUUCACAGCAGUUUCGGUGGUUCAUAUCCUACUCGUGAUAAAAAAUUGAUUGGAACAACGAUCAGAAUCACAGGGGGACCUUACAAAGGAAACAUUGGCUUUGUAAAAGAUGCCACAGAAAGUGCAGUCAGGGUCGAGUUGCAUUCACCCUGUCAGACAAUUUCAGUAGAUCGAUCUCAUAUUAUGAAUCUUGCACAACUAGGACCGAAUGGCACUCCUAGAAAUAACUACACUCCUACGUACAGUGCAGGAGGCCGAACGCCGAUGUACGGAGCAAGGCAAGAUGGGUCAAAGACACCAAUGCAUGGUUCGCAAACGCCUAUGCAAGGUGCACAGACACCAAUGUAUGACACUGGUUCUCGUACUCCCUACUAUGGUUCGAUUACGCCUUCGCAUUCGGAAGGAGGAAAUACUCCUCGCAAUACUGGAGCUUGGGAUCCUACUGUAGCGAAUACACCAGCUCGAAAUAGCGAAUACGAUUUAGAUGAUCCGGAUGAUGCACCUUCUGCUUCACCUAUGUAUCAAGAGUCUCAAUCCUCUAACUCGAUGUACGAUCCGGACCCAAGUGCAAGCCCAAUGAUGAGUGUUGUUAGUCCAAGUCGCAGCGGUGGCAUAACGCCAUCUCACUCAGACAUGGGUUUUAUGAGUCCAAAUUAUACGCCUUCUUCUCCGACAGAAUCCAAUGCUUCCAUGUUGGCAGAUAAUGUAGAUACUCCAGACUCACCGGACCGUGUAGGAAGUCCAUACUCGCUAAAUGAUGUACAGACUCCAGACUCACCGGAUCAUGUACAAAUUUCAUACUCACCAGCUUCUCCCAGUAUAAAUUUAUCACCAAGGAGAAAUGGAAUUCCAUACUCGCCAGCUUCUCCUAGUAUAAAUUUAUCGCCAAAGAGAAAUACAAUUCCAUACUCACCAGCGUCUCCCAGCAUAAAUUCGUCGCCAAUUAGAAAAACACUUUCAUACUCGCCAGCUUCUCCGAGUAUAAAUUCAUCGCCAAACAGAAAUGCAAUUUCAUACUCACCAUCUUCACCUAAUGCCAAUUCAUCACCAAAUGAAAGUGAAUAAUUUUAUGCAAGCAUAAUAUUGAAUAUGCUCAACUUUACAGUAUUUGAGUCAAGAUAUCUCAAGUUCCUUAAGUCUUUUAAGGUAUUUAAGCAAUUUUUUUUUUUAUGUUUUUACUUGAAAGUACUAUAAAUAUUAUUAUAGUUAUAUUAAAGGUACAUUACCUUUAGUUCUCAUGUGAUAGUUACCAAACAUUUGUUAACUAUAUUAGAUAUUCUGCUAUGUUAUUGAUUAAUAGCAAAGUUUAGUAUUUUUUAGUUUUCACGCUUGAUUAGAAUUUGAAAUUCACCAAGUUAUAGCUCAUAAAACAAAAACUUAUAAGUAGAUUUUAUAAGUUUUUAUGUGACGAUAAAGCCAUAUUAAAAAUAAGAAUAUUUUUAAGUUAAUGUAGCCAUAGAUCAUUUGACAAAAAACAGCGACGGUGGCUCUUUAUUUUGAAAUAAAAAAGAACUCAAAUCAUAA